GCGGCAGCGGCGGCGGCGACAGCGGCGGCGGCGGCGACGCUGGUGGCGGCGCUGUUUCAGGAUUUCUCUACAAACGUCUCAGGCCCUGAGCUGUAGAGGACGGUGCAGACCUUAGCAACUGAGUCUAAGAAGGCUCUGGAAAGUGUUGUCUUGGAGAUUCAUUCAGCACUUCAGCUUAAGCCCAUUAUGGAUUGGCUGUGAUUUUAGGGACACAAAAAAUUUCCAAAAUGAAAGUGGACAGGACUAAACUGAAGAAGACGCCUACUGAGGCUCCUGCUGACUGCCGGGCUCUGAUAGACAAACUUAAGAGUUGUAAUGAUGAGCAGCUCCUCCUGGAACUUCAGCAGAUCAAAACAUGGAAUAUUGGAAAGUGUGAGCUGUACCAUUGGGUGGACCUGCUGGAUCGCUUCGAUGGGAUUCUGGCUGAUGCUGGACAGACUGUGGAAAACAUGGCUUGGAUGCUGAUGUGUGAUGGGCCCCAAAAAGAACAUCUGAAAUUACUGCUCUUGGCAGUCUUGAACUUUACUGCCCUGCUCAUUGAAUAUAGCUUUUCUCGGCAUCUCUACAGCUCCAUAGAGCAUCUGACUACAUUACUGGCCUCCUCGGAUAUGCAAGUGGUACUCGCGGUGCUGAACCUCCUCUAUGUCUUCAGCAAGAGAUCCAACUAUAUUACCCGUCUGGGUUCUGACAAGAGGACUCCACUUCUGUCCCGUCUGCAACACUUGGCAGAGAGUUGGGGCGGCAAGGAAAACGGCUUCGGACUUGCAGAGUGUUGUCGAGACCUGCAUAUGUUGAAAUACCCACCCAGUGCAACUACACUACACUUUGAAUUCUAUGCAGAUCCAGGGGCCGAGGUCAAAGUUGAGAAAAGGACUCCCAGCAAUACACUACAUUACAUCCACAUAGAGCAGCUGGACAAGAUUUCAGAAAGCCCCUCUGAAAUCAUGGAAUCACUCACGAAAAUGUACAGCAUCCCAAAGGAUAAGCAGAUGCUGCUGUUUACACACAUCCGGCUAGCCCAUGGUUUUUCCAAUCAUAAGAAGAGAUUACAAGCUGUUCAAGCCAGACUACAUGCAAUAUCUAUAUUAGUAUAUUCCAACGCCUUACAAGAAUCUGCAAAUAGUAUCCUGUAUAAUGGGUUGAUAGAGGAGUUGGUAGAUGUCCUUCAAAUAACAGAUAAACAGCUCAUGGACAUUAAGGCAGCCUCUUUGAGGACCUUGACAUCAAUUGUACACUUAGAAAGGACACCUAAACUCAGCAGUAUUAUCGAUUGCACUGGCACUGCCUCCUACCAUGGAUUCUUACCUGUCCUUGUACGAAAUUGUAUCCAAGCCAUGAUUGAUCCUUCCAUGGACCCAUACCCUCACCAGUUUGCCACUGCUCUUUUCUCCUUUUUAUACCACUUGGCCAGCUAUGAUGCCGGAGGAGAAGCCUUGGUAUCUUGCGGAAUGAUGGAGGCCUUACUUAAGGUGAUCAAGUUCCUUGGAGAUGAACAGGACCAGAUAACCUUUGUUACCCGAGCAGUCCGAGUCGUUGAUCUCAUCACCAACCUUGAUAUGGCAGCUUUUCAGUCUCACAGUGGGCUGUCAAUCUUCAUUUACCGAUUGGAGCAUGAAGUUGACUUGUGCCGAAAAGAGUGUCCUUUUGUGAUCAAGCCAAAGAUCCAGAGGCCCAGCACUGCCCAUGAGGGAGAAGAAAUGGAAACAGACACGGACGUUGCCGAAGUAGCCAUGGAAAGCAGUCCAGGCCCAUCCACCGCUUCAGUAGAUCCCCGACCCGAUGUGGAAACAAGGUCCCGGGCUCCCAGCAUCAGCGGCAGCAUCAUGCUCCCUCCCCGUACUGGAGUCCAGUGCAUUCCUCAACGUGCUGCACUUCUCAAAUCUAUGCUGAACUUUCUAAAGAAAGCCAUCCAAGAUCCAGCCUUCUCUGAUGGCAUUCGUCAUGUGAUGGAUGGCUCUUUGCCUACCUCGCUGAAACACAUCAUCAGUAAUGCAGAAUACUAUGGGCCUUCGCUCUUUCUGCUAGCUACUGAAGUGGUGACUGUGUUUGUGUUCCAAGAGCCAUCCCUCCUGUCCUCUCUGCAAGACAAUGGACUGACUGAUGUCAUGCUACAUGCACUCCUUAUCAAAGAUGUUCCUGCAACUCGUGAAGUACUUGGCUCCCUGCCCAAUGUGUUCAGUGCAUUGUGCUUGAAUGCUCGAGGCCUUCAGUCAUUUGUGCAGUGUCAGCCAUUUGAACGGCUCUUCAAAGUACUGCUUUCUCCAGAUUACCUGCCGGCCAUGCGCAGGAGGAGGAGUUCAGAUCCCCUUGGUGAUACUGCUUCCAACCUGGGCAGUGCUGUGGACGAGCUGAUGAGACACCAACCAACCUUGAAGACAGAUGCUACAACUGCCAUCAUCAAGCUGUUAGAGGAGAUCUGUAACCUCGGAAGGGACCCCAAGUAUAUCUGCCAGAAGCCCUCCAUUCAGAAGGCAGAUGGCACCAGCACUGCUCCUCCUCAGAGAGCUAACCAUGCCGCCGAAGAGGCCUCCAGCGAAGACGAAGAAGAGGAGGAGGUGCAAGCCAUGCAGAGCUUUAAUCCCCCUGCACAGAGUGACACCGACUCAAACCAGCAGGUUGUUGGAACAGAAGAACGGGUUCCCAUUCCCCUCAUGGAUUACAUCCUCAAUGUGAUGAAGUUUGUGGAAUCCAUUCUAAGCAAUAACACAACAGAUGACCACUGCCAGGAGUUCGUGAAUCAAAAGGGCCUGCUGCCUCUUGUCACUAUCCUGGGUCUCCCCAACUUGCCCAUCGACUUUCCCACAUCGGCUGCCUGUCAGGCUGUGGCAGGGGUCUGCAAAUCCAUAUUGACUCUGUCUCAUGAACCCAAAGUCCUGCAGGAGGGCCUUCUGCAGCUGGAUUCUAUCCUGUCUUCUCUGGAACCUCUGCACCGGCCAAUCGAGGCCCCUGGAGGAUCAGUGCUUUUGCGAGAACUCGCCUGUGCUGGCAAUGUUGCCGAUGCCACGCUUUCUGCCCAGGCUACCCCUUUACUGCAUUCCCUGACAGCUGCUCACGCCUACAUCAUGAUGUUUGUUCACACAUGUAGGGUCGGUCAGAGCGAGAUUCGUGCCAUCUCAGUGAACCAGUGGGGUUCCCAGUUGGGUCUAAGUGUCCUCAGCAAGCUCAGCCAGCUCUAUUGUUCUCUUGUCUGGGAAAGCACAGUUCUACUCUCAUUGUGUACCCCAAACAGCCUCCCUUCUGGGUGUGAGUUUGGGCAGGCAGACAUGCAGAAGUUGGUCCCAAAGGAGGAGAAGGCAGCCACCACAACAGCCACUCAUGGAACCAAGAGAACUGAAGGAGAAAGCGAUGGGACAACAGCCUCUGUGGAAGCCUCUGCCCAGGGCUUAUUGGAAGGCAUUGGCCUGGAUGGUGACACCUUGGCUCCCAUGGAGACUGAUGAGCCCAGUACCUCUGAUGCCAAGGGCAAAUCUAAGAUUACUCCUGCCAUGGCAGCUCGCAUCAAACAGAUUAAACCCUUGCUUUCUGCCUCAUCAAGGUUAGGCCGAGCUCUUGCUGAGCUUUUUGGGCUUCUUGUUAAACUCUGUGUGGGAUCCCCUGUUCGCCAGCGCAGGAGUCACCAUGCAACCAGUACCACAACAGCUCCAACACCUGCAGCCCGCUCAACAGCUUCUGCUCUGACCAAGCUCCUCACCAAGGGCUUGUCCUGGCAGCCCCCACCAUACACACCUACGCCCAGAUUCAGACUCACUUUCUUCAUCUGUUCAGUCGGCUUCACAUCCCCUAUGCUGUUUGAUGAAAGGAAGUACCCAUACCACCUCAUGCUGCAAAAAUUUCUCUGCUCUGGAGGUCACAAUGCUCUUUUUGAAACUUUCAACUGGGCUCUCUCCAUGGGAGGCAAGGUUCCAGUUUCUGAGGGCCUUGAACACCCUGACCUGCCAGACGGCACAGGCGAAUUCCUAGAUGCCUGGCUGAUGUUGGUGGAGAAGAUGGUGAACCCAACCACUGUCCUGGAGUCCCCCCACUCUCUGCCGGCCAAGCUUCCAGGGGGCCAGACUCACCCCCAGUUCAGUGCCCUACGAUUUCUUGUUGUGACUCAGAAGGCCGCCUUCACCUGCAUCAAAAACCUAUGGAAUCGGAAACCCCUGAAAGUGUACGGUGGGCGUAUGGCCGAAUCAAUGUUGGCCAUUCUGUGCCACAUUCUACGUGGCGAACCUGUCAUCCGCGAGCGACUGAGCAAGGACAAGGAGGGAACUCGAGGAGAAGAAGAAUCGGGACAAGAGGAGAGUGGUUCCCGCCGAGACCCACAGGUCAACCAGCAGCAGCUCCAACAGCUAAUGGACAUGGGCUUCACAAGAGAGCAUGCCAUGGAGGCCUUGUUGAACACUAGCACCAUGGAACAAGCUACCGAGUAUCUCUUGACCCACCCUCCUCCUCUCAUGGGUGGAGUCGUCCGGGAUCUCAGCAUGUCAGAAGAGGAUCAGAUGAUGAGAGCCAUUGCCAUGUCUUUGGGACAGGACAUCCCAAUGGAUCAGAGAGCAGAGUCCCCAGAGGAAGCUGCUUGCAGGAAGGAGGAAGAAGAGCGGAAAGCACGGGAAAAGCAAGAAGAGGAAGAGGCUAAGUGCCUGGAGAAGUUCCAGGAUGCUGAGCCCCUGGAGCAGGAGGAACUUCACGGUUUUACAGACACCAUGUUACCAGGAUGCUUUCAUCUCCUGGAUGAGCUGCCAGACACUGUGUAUCGUGUGUGCGACUUGAUCAUGACCGCCAUUAAGCGCAAUGGGGCCGAUUAUCGGGACAUGAUUCUGAAGCAGGUGGUCAAUCAGGUCUGGGAAGCUGCUGAUGUUUUGAUUAAAGCAGCUCUCCCCCUGACAACCAGUGAUACAAAAACAGUUACUGAAUGGAUCAAUCAGAUGAUCACCCUUCCUCAGGCCUCAAACUUAGCCACUAGGAUUUUGUUGUUGACGUUGCUAUUUGAGGAAUUGAAACUCCCAUGUGCUCGGGUGGUUGAAACCAGUGGCAUCCUCAAUGUACUCAUCAAGCUUCUGGAAGUGGUCCAACCAUGCCUUCUGGCUGCCAAGGAGCAGAAGGAGAUCCACACCCCAAAAUGGAUCACCCCAGUGCUGCUUCUGAUUGACUUCUAUGAGAAGACAUCCAUCUCCUCCAAGAGAAGAGCGCAGAUGAACAAGUACCUCCACCUUAGCAAUAACAAUUGGCGCUGGUUUGAUGACCGGUCCGGACGCUGGUGCAGCUACAGUGCGAGCAACAACAGCACCAUCGAUUCUGCUUGGAGAUCUGGCGAGACGAGUGUCCGCUUCACAGCAGGGAGGCGGCGGUAUACGGUGCAGUUCACCACAAUGGUGCAGGUCAAUGAGGAAACUGGGAACCGGCGCCCUGUGAUGCUGAGCCUCCUGCGAGCACCACGGGUUAAUAAAAUCCCCAAAGAGAGCCAUGAGCCGGAGCUGGACAAGACCCUAGAUGAAACCAAAGAAGCUGAGUCCAAGCCUGCAGAGGAGGAGAAGACCUCCAGUGAAUGCCCCUUGGCUCCUGAGAGUCCUGCACUGGAGAAGGAGGUUGUUGUUCAGAAGGAGGUUGUUGUUCAGAAGGAGGUCCAGCUCGGGGACAUCCUGAUCCAGGGUCUCACGGGGGAGAUGGUGACAGUCCUGAUCAGGGCCUGUGUGAGCAUGUUGGGUGUCCCUGUGGACCCAGACACGCUGCAUGCCACCUUGCGCCUCUGUCUCCGACUCACCCGGGACCAUAAGUAUGCCCUGAUGUUUGCUGAACUGAAAAGCACCCGCAUGAUCCUUAACUUGACUCAGAGCUCGGGCUUCAAUGGAUUUACCCCCCUGGUUACCCUGCUCUUGAGGCACAUCAUUGAGGAUCCGUGUACCCUGCAGCACACCAUGGAAAAGGUUGUGCGAUCUGCGGCCACAAGUGGAGCAGGAAGCACCACAUCUGGGGUGGUCUCCGGCAGCCUGGGCUCUCGGGAGAUCAACUACAUCCUCCGUGUCCUUGGGCCAGCUGCGUGCCGUAAUCCAAACAUCUUUACUGAGGUGACAAAUGGCUGUAUCCGGAUUGCUCUUCCCGCCCCUCGAGGCUCAGGAACCGCAUCAGAUGAUGAAUUUGAAAAUUUGAGAGUCAAAGGUCCUAAUGCUGUACAGUUGGUUAAGACGACCCCAGUCAAACCCUCUCCUCUGCCUCUCAUUCCGGAUACCAUCAAGGAGGUGAUUUAUGACAUGCUUAACGCCCUGGCGGCCUACCAUGCUCCAGAGGAAGCAGAGAAAUUGGACCCCAAACCUGGGGUGACAACUCAGGAGGUUAGCCAGAUCUUGCAAGACAUGGGCGACGAAGUAUACCAGCAGUAUCGAACGCUGACACGCCAGGGCAGUGACUUUGAUGCUCAGGCCGGCUUCGCCAUUAAUGCGCAAGUCUUUGCUACUGACAGUUCUUCCACUGAGACACCUCAGUCGGGAACCCCACAAGGAGGAGCUUCUACUCCAGAGGAAUCUCGGGAAGGGAAGAAAGACAAGGAAGGGGAAAAAGUCUCUGAAGAAAGCAAACAGAAAGCCAAAGGCAGCAAGCCUUUAAUGCCAACCUCCACCAUCCUUAGGCUGCUGGCUGAGUUGGUGAGGUCCUAUGUUGGUAUCGCCACUCUGAUUGCCAACUACAACUAUGCUGUGGGCCAAUCAGAGCUUAUCAAAGAGGACUGCAGCGUGCUGGCAUUCGUCCUGGACCACCUUCUCCCACAUACCCAGAAUGCCGAGGACAAAGAUACUCCAGCACUAGCCCGCCUCUUUCUUGCCAGUCUGGCUGCAGCGGGUAGUGGCACAGAUGCCCAGGUGGCUCUGGUGAAUGAAGUCAAGGCCGCCCUUAGCCGAGCAUUGGCAAUGGCUGAGAGCACAGAGAAACACGCCAGGCUCCAGGCAGUGAUGUGCAUCAUAAGCACCAUCAUGGAGUCCUGCCCUUCCACCUCCAGCUUCUAUAGUAGCACCACAGCCAAGACCCAGCACAAUGGCAUGAAUAACAUCAUUCGCCUCUUCUUGAAGAAAGGACUUGUGAAUGACUUGGCACGAGUGCCCCACAGCCUGGAUCUCUCUAGUCCCAACAUGGCCAACACUGUCAAUGCUGCCCUGAAGCCUUUGGAGACGCUGUCGCGGAUUGUGAACCAACCCAGCAGCCUCUUUGGCAGCAAGAGUGCUUCUGGGAAGAACAAAGCUGAGCAAGAUGCCCAAGGCGUAGCUCAGGAUGCCAGCAGCAAUACACAAGACCCAGGAGAGCCUGGGGAGGCCGAGGUACAGGAGGAGGACCACGAUGCCGCUCAGACAGAAGUAGCCGAUGGUGAUAUCAUGGACGGGGAAGCAGAGAGCGAUGCUGUAGUGAUUGCUGGGCAGCCACAGGUGCUCAGUACUCCAGAGAUGCAGGUUGAGAAUGAACUCGAAGACCUAAUUGAUGAGUUGCUGGAGAGAGACGGUGCCUCUGGGAACAACGCAAUUCUAGUGGGCAGAAGCGGAGAGGACGAGUCACAAGAGGAUGUGCUGAUGGAUGAAGCUCCUUCCAACCUCAGCCAGGCUUCCACCUUGCAGGCCAACCGAGAAGAUUCAAUGAAUCUCUUGGACGCCGAGGACGAGGAGGAGCACACGCAAGAGGAGGACAGCAGCGGUAGCAAUGAGGAUGAGGACGAGAGUCAGGAUGAGGAGGAAGAGGAGGAGGAAGACGAGGAGGACGAUCAGGAUGACGAGGAAGGAGAAGAGGGGGAUGAGGACGACGAUGACGAUGGCUCAGAGAUGGAGCUGGAUGAGGACUACCCCGAUAUGAAUGCGUCUCCCUUGGUCCGUUUUGAACGCUUCGAUCGAGAGGAUGACCUCAUCAUCGAGUUUGACAACAUGUUCUCCAGUGCCACAGAUAUCCCCCCAUCCCCUGGGAACAUCCCUACCACCCACCCAUUAAUGGUACGACAUGCAGACCACAGUGCCCUGACCCUGGGCAGUGGUUCUUCUACCACCCGCAUCACCCAGGGCAUGAGCCGCAGCCAGAGGACACUGAGACAGCUGACAGCCAACACUGGGCACACAAUCCACGUGCACUACCCUGGGAAUAGACAGCCCAACCCUCCUCUCAUACUGCAGAGGUUGCUGGGUCCAUCUGCAGCGGCCGAUAUCCUUCAGCUGAGCAGCAGCCUGCCCCUCCAGAGUCGUGGCCGAGCCCGCCUGCUGGUGGGCAACGAUGAUGUGCACAUCAUUGCCCGCUCUGACGACGAGCUGCUGGAUGAUUUCUUUCACGACCAGAGCACGGCAACCAGCCAGGCGGGGACCCUGUCAAGCAUCCCCACGGCCUUGACCCGCUGGACAGAGGAGUGCAAAGUGCUGGAUGCCGAGAGCAUGCACGACUGCGUGUGUGUGGUGAAAGUGCCUGUCCUCAAUCGCCUGGAGUUCCUUAGGGAUGAGGAGCUGGAGGAGCGGCGUGAUAAGCGCCGCCAGCAGCUGCUGGAAGGAGAAGCCAAAAGCAAAGAAGAGAAGGAGAACAAAGACCAGAAUCCACAGGACACCACACCCAAAACGGACUCUUCCUCUACCAAACAGAGUAUCGCAGCCUCCCUGUCUCCAGAAAGGGCCGAGGAUUCUGAUGCCCUGACAGCUGUGAGCAGUCAACUGGAGGGCUCCCCCAUGGACACCAGCAGCCUGGCUUCUUGCAACCUAGAGGAAGGGGUUGGGGAUGGUACCACGACCAGCGGCGCUGAAGCUCCCGAACCCGCUCCCACCACUCCCGGAGAUGCCCCGCAGACUGGGGCCGAAACCCAAGGUAGCGGCGACGAGCCGGGAGAGUCCCCGGAAGAGUCCCCACAACAGGCCGAGGACAGCUCUCCCCAGGGCUCAUCCUCAGAAAGCUCCUCCACCAGAGAUUCGGCCGUGGCCAUUUCCGGAGCAGAUUCCAGGGGCCUCCUGGAAGAACCGCUGCCCUCGACUAGCAGUGAAGAAGAAGAUCCUCUGGCAGGUAUUAACCUUCCCGAAGGUGUGGAUCCCUCCUUUUUGGCCGCACUGCCUGAUGAUAUCCGCAGGGAGGUCUUACAGAAUCAGCUGGGCAUCCGACCCCCCGCCCGGGUCGCUCCUGCUGCCACCACUCCAACUCCUCCCCCCGUGGUGGGGAACCCCAAUGUGACGGAAGUGAGCCCUGAGUUUCUUGCAGCCCUGCCCCCUGCCAUCCAGGAAGAGGUCCUUGCCCAGCAGCGGGCUGAGCAACAGAGGCGAGAGCUAGCCCAGAACAGCAGUUCCGAUACCCCGAUGGACCCGGUGACCUUCAUCCAAACUCUGCCAUCAGACCUACGCCGUAGCGUGCUAGAGGACAUGGAAGACAGUGUGCUGGCAGUGAUGCCCCCUGACAUUGCUGCCGAGGCCCAAGCCCUUCGGCGAGAGCAGGAAGCCCGGCAGAGACAGUUGAUGCAUGAGAGGCUCUUCGGACACAGCAGCACAUCAGCCCUCUCGGCCAUCCUCAGGAGCCCGGCCUUCACAAGUCGCCUGAGCGGCAACCGAGCAGUCCAAUACACACGGCUGGCUGUCCAAAGGGGUGGCACUUUCCAGAUGAGUGGGAGCAGUAGCCAUACCAGGCCCUCCGGCAGCAACGUGGACAGCCUCUUGCGCCUCCGGGGCCGCCUUCUUCUGGACCACGAAGCCCUGUCGUGUCUCUUGGUCCUCCUCUUUGUGGAUGAGCCCAAGCUGAACACAAGCCGCCUCCACCGAGUCCUGCGUAACCUGUGCUACCACGGCCAGACCCGCCACUGGGUUAUCCGCAGCCUGCUGUCCAUUUUGCAGCGGAGCAGUGAAAGCGAGCUAUGCAUUGAGACUCCCAAGGCCACUGCCAGUGAGGAAAAGGGCAAGAAGGCAGCCAAGGUCUGCCCCACAGGCAGCCAUGACAGCCGCCCCCUCGACCUGCUCCACAAGAUGGAGUCCAAGAGCUCCAGUCAGCUUUCGUGGCUGUCUGUAUCCAUGGAUGCAGCCCUAGGCUGCCGGACUAACAUCUUCCAGAUCCAGCGGGCAGCAGGCCGCAAGCACUCUGGCUGUGGCUCCACCGUCCAUAUCCACCCCCAGGCUGCUCCCGUGGUCUGUAGGCACGUUCUGGAUACGCUUAUACAGUUAGCCAAGGUUUUCCCCAGUCAUUUCACGCAGCAGCGGACCAAAGAGACAACUUGUGACAGCGAUCGGGAGAGGAGCAACAAACAGACCUGUAGCCCCUGCCCCGGCCAGUCAACCAGUAGCGGCAUCUCCACUGACUUCUGGGACUUGCUGGUCAAACUGGACAACAUGAACGUCAGCCGCAAAGGCAAAAACUCUGUCAAGUCAGGGCCCAUCAAUGUGGGCAGUGAGGGAGAGAGCUCUCUGUACAGCCUCGAGGCCUCUCCUCUGGGGCAGCUCAUGAACAUGUUGUCCCAUCCGGUCAUCCGGCGGAGCUCCCUCCUCACUGAGAAGCUCCUGCGUCUCUUGUCCCUCAUCUCCAUUGCACUGCCUGAGAACAAACCUCCAGAGACUGUGGCCAACCCCAGCAGCAGCACCGGCACUCCUUCCACCACCACUGCCUCCUCGACAAGUGCCGCCUCUACCAACACUGGAGUCGCCACCCCGGCCACCCUCACUCCCAGCCCCACCCCAGCUGGAGCUUCAGCCGCCGCCCCGGUGGCUCCCACCACCACAACCGUCCCGACCGUGGUCGCAGCUACUGCUAAGAGCGGCAAAUCCCCGGCAAAGGCUGGUGAAGGAAGCAGCGCGGGGACCAUGGAUAGCAAGAUGGCGGCCUCAGGCCUGACGGAAAAUCAGCUCCAGCUCUCCGUCGAGGUGCUGACCUCCCACUCAUGUUCAGAAGAAGGCCUGGAAGAUGCAGCCAACGUCCUCCUGCAGCUUUCCAGGGGUGCAGCGACCCGAGAUACCGUUCUCAAGCUACUGUUGAAUGGAGCCAGGCAUCUGGGUUACACCCUGUGCAAGCAGAUUGGGACUCUCCUGGCUGAGCUGCGAGAGUACAACUUGGAGCAGCAGAGACAGGCCCAGUGUGAGAUCCUGUCUCCAGACGGGCUUCCCGAAGAGCAGCCACAGGCCACACGCUUGAAAGGGAAGAUGCAGAGCAGGUGGCCCCUCCACCUGGGCCGGCUGCAUCCAGGCACUGUUCGCGGGGCUGAGGCGUGCCUUGCCCAAAAUGGACGUUUGAGGACUUCUGGGUCCCAAGUAGGAGUUGGGAACCAUCUGGUCCCAAACGGCACCCCUUGGAGCCCUGGCAAUGCUCGGAGCAAACACCCCCUGCCACAAGCUCAGGCCCUUCCUCAGGAGGGCAACGUGGGUAAAGGGGAGGGGACAGAACGGGAAGGCUCUAGGUACCUGAGCGCUGCCAGGGCUCCGACAGAACACCGCUCUUGUUUGUGUCAGUUCGGGAGGACCCCCUCUCAAGGAAACGAGGCCCAGACGCCCCGGGGAGCCAUGUCUCCCUUUUUGUCCAGUCGGAGUCCAGCCAGCCAUGCCACUCGGGGGCAGUUCCCAUGGAUGUGGACCACCGUCCCCCCUUCUCAAGCACCCCAGUCCUCGGCAUCAUGUUCGGCCCUGAGACCCUGUGCUAGUAAGCAAGGUCUCUCUGGAGCCCAGUGGACAGGUUUUGCGGCCUGUGGCCUUCAUGUGUUUGUUCCUCUCCUUCUCCCCCCAGGCUCAGAAGGAAGUCAACAGAGCGAGAAGGAGAAGGAAGAGAGACCACCUGACCUGCCCCUGCUUAGCGAGCAGCUGAGCCUCGAUGAAUUGUGGGACAUGUUGGGCGAGUGUUUGAAGGAGCUGGAAGAAUCCCAUGAUCAGCACGCAGUGCUAGUGCUACAACCUGCUGUUGAAGCCUUCUUCCUGGUCCAUGCUACUGAGCGGGAGAGCAAGCCGCCUGUUCGGGACACCCGGGAAAGCCAGCUAGCUCACAUCAAGGAUGAGCCGCCACCGCUGUCCCCUGCUCCUCUGACCCCUGCCACCCCCUCUUCCCUGGACCCCUUCUUCUCCCGCGAGCCCUCCUCUAUGCACAUUUCCUCCAGCCUGCCCCCAGACACACAGAAGUUUCUCCGGUUUGCAGAGACUCAUCGCACUGUGCUCAAUCAGAUCCUCCGUCAGUCCACCACCCAUCUUGCAGACGGGCCCUUCGCCGUCCUGGUGGACUACAUCCGCGUGCUUGACUUCGACGUUAAGCGCAAGUAUUUCCGCCAAGAGCUUGAGCGUCUGGAUGAGGGACUGCGCAAAGAAGACAUGGCUGUGCACGUGCGCCGCGACCACGUGUUUGAAGACUCUUACCGGGAGCUACAUCGCAAAUCCCCAGAGGAAAUGAAGAAUCGCUUGUACAUAGUGUUUGAAGGAGAAGAGGGCCAGGAUGCCGGGGGUCUCCUGCGAGAGUGGUACAUGAUCAUCUCCCGAGAGAUGUUCAACCCCAUGUAUGCCCUGUUCCGGACCUCCCCUGGCGACCGGGUCACCUACACCAUCAACCCCUCUUCCCACUGCAACCCCAACCAUCUUAGCUACUUCAAGUUUGUCGGACGCAUCGUAGCCAAGGCUGUGUACGACAACCGCCUUCUGGAGUGCUACUUCACCAGGUCCUUCUACAAGCACAUCCUGGGCAAGUCGGUCCGGUACACAGACAUGGAAAGUGAGGACUACCACUUUUACCAAGGCCUCGUUUACCUGCUGGAAAAUGACGUUUCCACUCUUGGCUACGACCUUACUUUCAGCACAGAGGUUCAAGAGUUUGGGGUCUGCGAGGUCCGGGAUCUGAAACCCAAUGGAGCCAACAUUCUGGUGACUGAGGAGAACAAGAAGGAGUAUGUGCACCUUGUGUGCCAGAUGAGGAUGACAGGAGCCAUCCGGAAACAGCUGGCAGCCUUCUUGGAGGGUUUCCUAUGGGGAUUUCCCAAGCCCUCAUUUCCAUCUUCAGGGCAGGGGCUGGAGCUUUCUCUCUCAGGGCCCACCUUCCAGAUGACCUCGGUCCAACCACGGGGUAUCCACAAGUACCAGUCCAACUCCAUCCAGAUCCAGUGGUUCUGGAGAGCCUUGCGUUCUUUCGACCAGGCCGACCGUGCCAAGUUCCUGCAAUUCGUGACGGGCACCUCCAAGGUGCCCCUGCGAAAUUUUGCCGCCCGGAGGGGCAUGAACGGCAUCCAGAAGUUUCAGAUCCACCGAGAUGACCGCUCCACGGACCGCCUGCCUUCGGCCCACACGUGUUUCAAUCAGCUGGACCUGCCCGGCUUCACGAAACUGCGCCACAUGCUGCUAGCCAUCCCAGGGGUGUCGGAGGGCUUUGGCCUGGCCUAGGCCCGAGGGCCCUCUGCUCGCCACCCUGUUACUUGUGUCUACUGUCAGACUUGGGGAUGGGGGAGGGAGGAAGAAGG